AAGCUCCUUCAGCUCAAAAAUUUUAACACCUUGAUGGCUGUGGUGGGAGGCCUUAGUCACAGUUCCAUUUCACGCCUCAAAGAGACCCAUUCUCAUCUUUCUUCAGAAGUUACAAAGAACUGGAAUGAAAUGACAGAGUUGGUCUCCUCCAACGGCAAUUACUGUAAUUACCGCAAGGCCUUUGCCGACUGCGAUGGCUUCAAAAUCCCCAUCCUUGGAGUACACUUGAAAGACUUGAUAGCAGUCCAUGUCAUUUUCCCAGACUGGACAGAGGAGAACAAAGUGAACAUUGUGAAAAUGCACCAGCUCUCCGUUACCCUGAGUGAACUGGUCUCCCUGCAGAGUGCCUCUCACCACUUAGAACCCAACAUGGAUUUGAUCAACCUGCUCACCCUUUCUCUGGACCUCUAUCACACAGAAGAUGAUAUUUACAAACUGUCACUGGUGCUGGAACCCAGAAAUUCUAAAUCGCAGCCUACCUCUCCUACAACGCCCAACAAGCCUGUGGUGCCCCUGGAGUGGGCAUCAGGGGUAAUGCCAAAGCCGGACCCCACGGUCAUCAACAAGCACAUAAGGAAAUUAGUUGAGUCUGUGUUUAGAAACUAUGAUCAUGACCAUGAUGGGUACAUCUCCCAAGAGGACUUUGAAAGUAUAGCUGCCAAUUUUCCCUUCUUGGAUUCCUUCUGUGUGCUGGACAAAGAUCAGGAUGGCUUAAUUAGUAAAGACGAAAUGAUGGCUUACUUCUUGAGAGCUAAAUCCCAACUGCACUGCAAAAUGGGACCAGGAUUUGUCCAUAAUUUUCAGGAGAUGACCUAUCUCAAACCAACCUUCUGUGAACACUGUGCAGGAUUUCUCUGGGGCAUAAUCAAGCAAGGAUACAAAUGCAAAGACUGUGGAGCUAAUUGUCACAAACAGUGCAAAGACCUCCUGGUUCUGGCCUGCAGGAGAUUUGCCCGGGCACCCUCGUUGGGCAGUAGUCAUGGGUCGCUGCCUGGAAGCCCCUCGCUGCCCCCAGUGCAGGAUGAAGUGUUUGAGUUUCCCAGGGUCACUGCUGGACACCGAGACCUGGACAGCAGAGCUAUCACACUGGUUACAGGCUCUUCUCGCAAGAUCUCCGUAAGACUACAGCGGGCUACCACCAGCCAAGCCACCCAGACUGAACCUGUCUGGUCAGAGGCUGGCUGGGGGGACUCAGGGUCCCACACCUUCCCCAAAAUGAAAUCCAAGUUCCAUGGCAAAGCAGCAAAGGACAAGGGCUUUGCCAAGUGGGAAAAUGAGAAACCCAGGGUGCAGGCUGGCGUGGAUGUCAUAGACCGGGGCACUGAGUUCGAACCUAACCAGGAUGAAGGAGAGGAGACCAGACAGGACAGUGAGGAUGGCUGACUUUGGGCUGAGGAAACUGAAAGCAAUAAUGUUGGCUUUUGGAAAGAGCAAGAUGAGAAACUCUGAAGAACACUCCAACUAUCAGGAAGUCAUCUGGAAAGAUAUCUGGACAUUUACUGCCUCGUGACAUCGUGGGGUCUCCGUGAUUAGACUAUGGCACAGAGGAAUUACUCUGUGAACUAUUUAUUUCCUUCUCCCCUGGCCCUAGUUAGGAGCCACAAAGACUGUGUUACGUGGUCAGUAGUUUUCUCAUGUGUCUUUCUCUAGAACCAUUUAUAUACGGGUGAAAUGAAAACUUUUGUGCAUGUACUUGAUACUCAUUCUCUAAACUCAGACUUUGCUUUUUUUUCCCCUGAGAAUAUUAUUUUAAUAUUUUUAUAGACCUUGGUGUGUGGGGAAGGGAAAUUUAACAAGGAGUGGAUUUAGAGGUCUUUUUGUGUACUUUUUGGAUGGGACCAGGACUAAACAUUUUCCUGAAGGACAAGGAAGCUCUUCAGAUCCUGGAAUGCAGUGUGGUUCUUCUAAUGAUGACAAGUUGCAAGGAGAAGCUGUUCACAUUGUUCCCACCAUGCAGUUGCUAUGAUGUGUAACAAGUCACACGUGUAUGUAUAUCACAUAAGUCUCAUCAGUUCUGCAGCAUUAGGAAGCUAUGACACAGCCGUGAAAGCUCUCCUGAUAUUUACAACAGCCACAGGGGAAAAUUAACUAUACUUGUCCCAUCUGACUGGGUUCAGCUAUCUUACGAUUUCCUGAAACAGGAAUAGCAAUUAAGAAAUCAGUUCAAGUUUUUGAGGACAAAAUUUAGCAGAAAAACAAACCAUCAAACAAACUGCUAGGUGAAAUGCAAAACAACUACCAAUUUUUAAAAAUCCAAAGUAAUUUUAGGAAUUUCGUUUGUUUAAAAAAAUUUUUUUUCAUUGUGAAAGAGAACUCAUGUUCUUCCUAAAGAAUUUCAUCUAUAAUUUAAGGUUAUGCAUAAAAAGAAUAUCAUCACA